AUGUGUGUAGAUGCCUUAUUUCUAGUUGAUGACUUAAAAAGUCGUGCUACAAAAAAAAAAGGUCGUGGAUUUGGCGUAGAAACACGCAGUGAUGUCGUAGAAUACGAAGGUUUGGAAAAUACAGUUGCUGCAAGCGACCCUAGUGCACCACAAAGAUCAGUUGAGGGAUGGAUAGUAUUUGUGACUAAUGUACACGAAGAAGCCCAUGAAGAUGACGUAUAUGAACGGUUCAGUGAAUAUGGUGAAAUAAAAAAUAUGAAUUUAAAUAUUGAUCGGCGGACCGGCUUUCUCAAGGGAUAUGCAUUAGUUGAAUACGAAACACAGAAGGAAGCUCUUGCUGCAAUCGAAGGCUUAAAUGGUGCAGAGCUGCUUGGGCAAACAAUUAGUGUUAACUGGUGCUUUGUGCGAGGCAGCGCACAAAAGAAAAGACGACGAUGA